GGGCGGGUUGGGGUGUACUGGGCUAUAGUGGAGUGUAGUGGAGUAUACUGGGAUGUACUGAGAUGCACUGGGAUGUACUGGGAUGAGCUGAGGGGCCACGCUGUGGUGCGUGGGGGUGUACUGGUCUAUACUGGGGCGCACUGGGCUGGUCCCGCCCAGGCAGCGGCAGCUGUGGGGGUCUCUGUUCCCGUGCAGAAAGCGAAACCCCGCGGGGCCGGCACCAAGUCGCGACGGGACAAGUCACGAACGCUCGUGCGAUCGCAGCCCCGGCAGGGCAAGAAGACCUCCUCCAAAAGCCCCGGCCGGACCGCGGCCCAGCUCACCCCGCCCGACGAUGGCGGGGAGUCCCCGCCCGAACCCUUGGACACCGGGCCCAUCCUGGACGAUCUCCUGGACCGGGUGAUGAGCGAGUGCGCACUGGCGGCGGCGGCACGGCAGCGGAUGUCCUUCACGGUGUCGCGGGCGCGGGACGCCAUCCUGUUUGUCGCCGAGUGGCGGUUCCAGGUGCGGGACGACGGGGAACCGGACCCUGAGGGGGACCCGGAUCCCGAACGAGACGGAGUCUGGAAGGAGGAUGAGGAGCCCGAAACCUGCACCUGGGACUCCUGGAUAGCGGGCGUUCCCCCCAUCGUGUCCCGGCCCUCGGAACAAGUGCCGUCCGAGGACGUCCCCGUGAUAGCCGAGGCUGAAGGUCCGCCCGAGUGUCCUGGCGAGGUCCCCGACGCUGUUCCCGUCCCGACUGUCCACCCUCUGCCCACGGACCAGGUUUACGAUGCGGAGCCGCCGUGCCCGGAGCCCUCCGCAGCCGCCGAAGCUCCUCCCGCUCAGGUCCCCGACGCUGUCGCCGUCCCGCCCGUGUCAGGGCCACCCAGCCCGGAGCCGCCCAUCGCUCCCCGGCCCCCCAGGAAGGGCCUCCGCCUCUCCCGGCCCCCGCGACCCCGGCCGGCCCCGCCGAGCCCGCCCCGGCCCCCGGCUCCGCUCCCGGCCAAGCCCCCGAAAUCGCCAGCGCAGGGACCGCAGGGGUCCCUGGAGGCCACGGCGGAGGACGGCGGCCAAGUGCCACCGCUGCCAUCCUCCUCCCGCACCCGCCUGGCAUCGAUCCAGCUGCUCAGACCCUCCGGCGGCAGGGGGGUGCCCAGGCUGGGUGCCCGCCGCGUUGCCGCUCGCUGGGUCGUCCCCGAGGUGAGCGUGGUGGACCUGAUGACCGAGGCGGAUCAGAUGCGGCCGGGAGCCUCGCGGGUCCGGCUACCCCCGUCGGGGUCCCGGCAGGUCCUCCCGGGACCCGGGCGGCCGCCCAGGGCCGAGCCGCAGCUGUGUCACCCCUGGCUGGCCUCGGCUCGGCUGGCGCCCGGUGUCACCGUGCGCUGGGGCGGCAGCGAGCGGCGCGGGCCGGCCGUGGAGGGGCGCGACCGUCAGGGGGACGGGGAGCAGAAGGAGGAGGCGGCGGUGAGGAGAGCUGAGCAGCAGCUGAAGCCCAUCCUCCCCUACCCGGAGUGCCGGAUGUCAGAGCACGAAUGAGAGAAGCACCUGGAAAACCCGCUGGGAAUGCGGCAGCUCCGGGGGCUGUCGCUCUCGGGGGAUGUCUCAGCUCCGGGGGGUUCCUCCUCCACCGGCGCCGGGGCUGGCACCGGGCACGGCACCGCGCGGCGCCCCCGGAGCUCGGGGCUCUUUGCCAGCGCUGCUGAAGAAAACAAGCAAAUAAAAACCCCUAAAAUGA